CUCUUUUACAAAGCUCAUCUUCAUCUUCAUCAACAAGAAGUUGUAAUUCAUUCAGAUUUAACAAAAGAUGGGUUACUGGAAAUCAGUUGUGGUGCCAAAGUUCAAGAAGUUGUUUGAGAAGAACAACGUUAAAAAGGCUGCUGCCGCAGAAGCUUGCAAGAUCUUCGAUGAUGCUAAGGAUAAUUACAACAACGAAUUUGAAGAGAAGAAGGCUGACCUCCAAGCUAAAGUUAUCGAAAUCUACGAGGCUUCUAGCGCCGAAGUUAAGGCCGUUGUGAAGGAACGCAAAGAUGGAGCCUUGAAAACAGUCUCUAACGGAGUCGAAAAGUUCCUUGAGGAACUAUCUAAAAUAGAAUUUCCGGGGUCAAAACCAGUUCAUGAAGCUUGCUCCAAGUUCGGACCAACCUAUAUCGAGGGACCUAUAUACUUCGUCUUUGAGAAGGUGUCAACUUUCAUAGUGGUUGAAGAGGAACCACCUGUAGCCGAACCAGAAGCAGCCGCGGCUCCAGCGGAAGAAACAAGCAGCAAAGAGAAGGAGAUUGUGGUGGAGGAAGAAAAGAAAGAAGAAGUAGUCGCGGAGGAAGUGGCCAAGGUUGAGAAAACACCAGAACCGGCAGCGGCCAAGCCGGAGGAAGUAGCCCCGACCGAGCCAGCUAAGGCUUGCUGAUCAGGGUUUUGUGCAGUGUGGUAACUAGUAAGAUUGAUGUGUGAAAGUUGAUCAAAGGUUUUGUAAACCAAUUUUACUUGGGCAAAUGUGUGUUAUUUUAUCCGUUCAAUGUUUUGUUGGGUGUAUUGAUCUAAAAUUUGUUGUAUAUUAAAGUUGUAACGUGUAUGAUAUUUAAACUUAAUGUUAUACAGAUGAUAUUUGUUUA